AUGCCAGGGAGAUUUCUGGGGUUAUUCUUGCUGUUAGGAGUUAGGACGCUUUGGUUCGAUUCAAAGCUUGAGGCGGCUCUGAGCUCACAUGAUGGGGGAGGGGCACAGGUUGUUCUCCUAGGUGCAGGUAUGGAUGUAAGAUCGCACCGCCUAAGCUGUUUGAAAGAAAGCAGCGUUUUUGAGGUUGAUUUUCCUGAGGUUCUGCACGCAAAAGCCACUAUUCUGGAGGCAGCAGCAACUUCAAGAGACAAGCAUCAUCAUCCAAUCGUUACAGCAAUGUCAUUGACUAGAGUAGCAGCUGACCUAACGGAAGAUGACUGGCUUGAAAAGCUCGAAACAUCAGGAUUUCAGCCAAGCAAGAGUACAGUCUGGAUCUUGGAGGGAAUCCUGUACUAUCUCUCGCAAACCAAUGCCAUGAAAGUACUUAAAAUCAUUGCAGAAAAAUGCAAUCUUACCAAGACUGUGCUGUUAGCCGACUUCAUGAAUAAACAGGCAACGGCAUUAUCCAGCUCCACCUUCCUUUUCUAUUGUGACUGGCCAGAUGAACUACUUCCAUCUCUAGGUUUUGCUGAUGUUACGCUCUCACAGAUUGGCGAUUCAGAUGCCCAUUUCGGAUUAUUGCAGGAUCCACUGAAUCUGUUCAACAAGCUACGCGGCUUGCCUAGAUCAAUUCAAACUCACCCAGAUGAUGGCACACCCUGCGGUCACUUGUAUUUGUUACAAGCUUCUGGUUCGCCCAAUCAAAUGAGCUCAUGA